AAACAGGGUUCCGCUUUACGUCUCACGGGACAAUAUAUAGCCCUCUGACGGAAACGUCGAGAAGAUGCCGGAAUAAAACCUAGAUAUGUAGACUUUACACAAGACGUGUUCCUCGCUCUCUGAACUGUUCACAGUUGGGGAACUGCACAUGCGUUGGGGACACAUGGGUUCGUGGGCUUUGUUUGAAAGUGGGUAUUAUACACAAAAUAAUAUCUUAAUGCAAUCAGUAGAAAUGAUAGAGAUUCAGAGAAUUCAGGCAGCAGCUGAAAUGAACGAGGAAACACAAGACAGAGGAGCUGUGUGUGAAGGUUAGUCUUCGGACUCUCAGCAGGGAUGUCACACAGACACGCUGAAGAUGAGAUUAUCACAGGCUCUGUGCAAAACUACGGACAGAGCAGGGAGGAGGGUGCAAAGUGUUGGGAUCCUCGAACAAUGGAGGUCAUCAAAUAAUGCAGGUAAUAAAACCAGCAGUUUUAUUCCAAGGACCACAAUGAGGAGACAGGAAAACCAACCUAUCAGGCCUACAGCAGGCUGCCUGUCGGUGCCGCUCUUCAACCAGAAGAAAAGAAACCGAGUUCCUUUGACAUCUGCUCCCUCUGAGAAUGAGUUCUUCUCCCACAGUGAAUACAUAACAAGCGCCAGCUCAGCUGCAUCUCACAGCACAUCAGGUACCUAUGGAUGUUACCAGGCCUCAGGUCUGUCGGCUGGUGCUCCAGAAAGCCACCAGUGGAACAGGCAGAGCAUCCCACCAUCUACCCCGCCCCAGCAGUAUGGCAGCAACAGACCUGCUCCUGGACCUGCCCCUGCAAUAAGAACGUAUACACCCACAGCCCAUCCAUACAAAGUUGGAAGCAGAAGCUCUGAGAUGGGACAGCCCAUCAACCCAAUAAGACAACAGGAUUUUAGCCCUCGUGGUAACUCCGGACAGAGCAGAUAUCAAGCCCCACACAUCAGUGAGAGUGCACAAAUUAAGCCAAAACCCCAUACUGGGUUCUCUCAGAUGGGUCAGCAGUCAUCUUACAGACUACCCAAUCCCACACAUCAGUAUUCUCAGCUGCCCAGACCUCUUCCUGCUCCUGUCACACCACCCAGCAGGCCCUCUGCUCGUGUAGCGCAGCCACAAAACAACUCCUGGAAGUUUACUAACAGCUUUGGGCCGCAGCGAUCCCUCUUUGAGGGAAACAAGAGCCCAAAGCAACCUCAGACUGUGCAAAAAACUCAAACUCAGGACAGAUUUCCUAUGAAGCCAGCCAUUGAGAACUCACUGAGGAUCCUGACUUCAGUUAUUGAUGGCAUGAGACACUGGAGCCAGUUUAAAGACAAAGUCCCAUAUCUGUUUGAGAUAUUUGCUACUCUAGACUCUGCGGUCACACUGGAUCGCCUAGGAGCUAAGAACUUCCUCAUGAGAGACGGGAAGGAGGUUGUGACGUGUGUCUUCUAUGAAAAUGAACAGGAACUGCCCCGUCUCAUCCGUGGUCAAGUCCAUCGCUGUGUGGGAAACUACGACCGCAGUAGAGAUGUUCUGAUGUGUGUGUCCGUCAGACCCGGCCUGCCCUCAGAGCUGAGGAACGCUCAAGAGGCCGUCAAAGCCUGCGACGCAGAGAUGAGAGCGCUGGUUAAAUUACUCAGUGAAGUCUGAGCACGAGUACUGCAGGUGUCUUUAGACUGAGUGGAAGACAGUAUACCAGUAUGUGAUGAGGGUGGAAUAGAUAACUGUUGUUUUGGGUCACAGUAGUUUAAAAAGCAUGUUUAAAGUAUUAUUCACGUGUUUGACCUGCAGAGGGCGCUGUUGCGCUGUUGAACUGGACUUUUGACAGUUGAAUUCAUUAUAAUACAUAAAAGAGUCGUUUUGUUGAACCAAAACCUGAACGGAAAGUAAAGCCUCUCUUUUCGUAA